AUGUUUAAGAAGAUUCUAGCAAAUCAAUCUAAGUCUGAAAGGACUUUAUCUGGGCUGACAGAAACAGUGGGUUCCCAUACAGCGGCUAUUCUGAAGCUUGAGUCACAGAUGAGGGAUAUUUUUAGAGAGCAUCACCCUCCUAAAAAGGGAGGACUUUCGAGUGACACUAUUUCAAAUCCCAAGAAUGGGGGAGGCGGUGUAGACCGUGUGUUUGCUAUCACUACUAGGACUGGUAAAACACUCCAGGGGGCUGCUGAGAAGGUGAUUGAUAUUGAGCCGAUAGGUGAAGAGGAUGAGGUGCAGUCUGAAACACCCAUUAUUGCUGAUGAGAUUCCUACUGACAAGAAGGUUGCUGAUAUUCCAGAGAUAGUGAGAGAAACUGAUGACACAAGUAAGCAGGCUAGGUUGGUAAAGAAGAAGGAAGAUGCUAAGUUCGAGAAGUUUUAUGAUCAGCUGAAGCAGUUUUCUCUAAAUUUUUCCCUCUUGGAAGCUGUCAAGGAGAUGCCCGAUUUUGCGAAAUAUUUGAAGGAUUUGCUGACCAAGAAGAUAGUUCAACAUGAAACCGUGAGUUUGACUCACACUGUGAUUUCCAUCAUCUCAACCACAACUGUUCAGAAAAAGGGAGAUCCUGGGGCGUUCACCAUUCCUUGUUCUAUUGAGCACCAUGAUUUUUCUCGAGCUUUGUGUGAUAAUGGGGCGAGUAUUAACUUUAUGCCCCUUGUUAUAUAUAAGCAAUCAGGGUUGGGGAUGCCAAGGCCGACUACGAUGAGGUUGCAGAUGGUUGAUAGGUCUAUCAAAAGACCUGUUGGGCUGGUUGAUGAUGUAAUUGUGCGGGUUGGUGAUUUUAUAUUGUCUGCUGAUUUUGUGAUUCUUGACUGUGUUAUUGAUCGGGACAUUCCUAUCAUUUUGGGGAGACCUUUCCUUGCUACAGGGAGGGCUCUGAUGGAUUCGGAAAAAAAUGAAAUCAAGUUCUGA